AUGGAUAAGAGUUGGAUGAAUCAAUCUAGAUUGAGUGAUUCAUAUGCAGAAGGAGUUAAUAUAUUUCUUGAUUUUGCAUUUAAAAAUGCAAGUCAUGAAGAAAAAAUUAUAUGUCCUUGUGUAAAGUGUGGUCUUAUUACACCUGUUACUCGCACAACUGCAUUUGAACAUUUGAUAUGCAAUGGAUUUGUGGAGGGUUACACUAAAUGGGUAUUGCACGGAGAAACUUCUUCACAUGCUGCGCAGAAUGUUGAGACUCCUAGUGAUAUUCACGAGUCAAAUUAUACCAUUGAUAUGGAAGGAGUUAUACAUGAUGCAGUUGGACAGAAUAUUGAAGGCGAUGAAUGCGAAAUUGAAAAUGAUAAUCUUCAAGGCGAAGGCGAUGAACCAAAUGCAAAAGCAAAAGAAUUUUAUGAUUUGAUAAAAGAUGCAGAGAAAGAACUUUACCCAGGUUGUACUAGUUUUACAAAGCUCUCAUUUGUUAUUCAAUUAUUUCAUAUUAAGUGCAUGUUUGGAUGGAGUGACAAAUCGUUUGGCAAGGCACUUGACUUAUUUAAAAGAGCGUUACCAAAAGGUGAAACAUUACCCAAUUCUUUUUAUGAGACCAAAAAAUUAAUCAACAUGCUAGGACUUGAUUACGAGAAAAUUGAUGCCUGUCCGAAAGAUUGCAUGUUGUAUAGAAAAGAACAUGCUAAUGACACAGAAUGUGAAGUAUGCUCUACACCAAGGAGUGAAGCUAAAGUCUUGCGCCACUUUCCGUUGAUACCAAGGUUACAAAGAUUAUUUAUGUCAUCAAAAACAUCAGAUUUUAUGACAUGGCAUCAUAAAAAAGAGCAUACAAGUGAUGGUUGUAUGAGACACCCUAGAGAUUCUCCAGCAUGGAUUACUUUUGAUCACAACCACAAGGAUUUUGCCGCAGAUCCACGAAAUGUUAGACUUGGGUUAGCUUCUGAUGGAAUGAAUCCUUUCAAAACAUUAAGUGUUAGCCACAGUACAUGGCCAGUUAUUUUGAUACCAUAUAAUCUUCCACCGUGGAUGUGCAUGAAACAACCCAAUUUCAUUAUGUCUUUACUCAUACCCGGUCCAGAUGCACCUGGAAAUAAUAUUGACGUAUAUUUGAAGCCAUUGAUUGAAGAGCUAAAGGAUUUAUGGGAAAUUGGAGUUGAAACUUUUGAUGCAUCUACCAAAAAGAACUUUAAUAUGCGGGCAUCACUACUAUGGACUAUCAGUGACUUUCCAGCAUAUGCAAACUUAUCAGGAUGGAGCACAAAAGGAAAAUAUGCGUGCCCAUCUUGUCAUGAAGACACUUGCUAUUUAUGGUUGAAGUACAGUAAAAAACAUUGUUAUAUGGGUCAUCGACGAUGGUUAGCAAUCAACGACCCAUUUAGAAAUGAUGAAAAGUCUUUUGACGGCACAAAAGAGAAAAGAAUGGCUCCAACACCAUUAAGUGGCUCUAUGAUACUCGAUACACUAGCAGGCUACCAAAUUAAAUUUGGGAAGACAGUUGUUAAUCCUCCAUUGCCAUAUGGUUGGAAAAAAGAGAGUAUAUUUUUUGAAUUGCCAUAUUGGAAAGAUAAUUUAUUACGACACAAUCUUGAUGUGAUGCAUAUUGAAAAGAAUGUAUGUGAAAGUUUGAUUGGGACAUUAUUGAGUUUAGAUGCAAAAAACAAAGACAAUUUGAAUGCGCGUCUUGAUUUAAAGCAUAUGGGUAUUAGAUCUGAACUUCAUCCAAAGGAGAGUGAGUCUAAGAAAACUGUCAUCCCCCCUGCAUGUUUUACAUUAAGCAAAAACGAAAAAAUUGUCUUUUGUCAAUUUCUAAAGACAAUCAAAGUUCCAGAUGGAUAUGCUGCCAACAUUUCUAGAUGUGUUGAUGUAAGGCAAAGAAAAAUUUAUGGGCUCAAAAGUCAUGAUUUUCAUAUUAUUAAGACUCAAUUACUACCACUAGCACUGAGGGGAAUAUCAAGUUCGCAUAUUCGUCAACAUUUAAGUACUUUGAGCAACUAUUUUCGCAUGAUGUAUUCAAAAGUUGCUCGACCACAAGAUUUUAUGCAACUUGAACAACAAAUACCUAUCAUUCUUUGUAAUCUUGAAAAAUUAUUUCCCCCAUCAUUUUUUGAUAUCAUGGUUCAUUUGGUGAUACACUUAGCAUAUGAGGCAAGAAUUUCUGGACCAUCAGUUUACCGUUGCAUGUAUCCUAUUGAAAGAUACUUGUCUAAGUUAAAGUCAUAUGUUCGGAACAAAAGCAAACCAGAAGGUUGUAUUGCUAAAGGAUAUUUAGCUGAUGACAUUUUGCUCAAGAUACAUGGAAGGUGUGGAGACGAAAUUUAA